CACGGCAGUUUCCCUUCCCCCUGCGAGAUGGCAGAUCCGCUGAAUCUAUUUAUCCACCCUUUCCCCCAAAACCUCUUCUUCUUCCACUCACUCGUUCCUUUCCUUCUCCAUUAGUCCAUUUCGUUCGUUUAGAGCAAGUUCUUCAAACAUGGCGGCAUCCACCCUCACCGGAUUACUACAGCAUAUCGCCGGAACAUUCCCCUCCCGGAGAGCCAUAUCCGUUCCCGGCAAGUUCGAUCUUACUCACGCGCGCCUUCACGACCUCGUCGAACGCGCCGCUUCUUCCCUAUUCGCCGCCGGCUUUAGGCCUGGAGAUGUCGUCGCUCUCACGUUCCCCAAUACUCUCGAGUUUGUGGUUAUGUUUCUGGCUACUAUUCGGGCUCGGGCCACGGCCGCUCCGCUGAAUUCGGCUUACACGGCGGAGGAGUUCGAGUUUUAUUUGUCCGACUCCGAGUCGAAGGUGCUGUUGAUUCCCGAAGAAGGGAACGGGGCAGCCCAAGCCGCCGCCGCCAAGCUUAAUAUCCCGGCUGUUACCGGUACGCUUUCAGGUGAUGGAUCGGAGAUUAAUCUGUCACCCGCUCCUCCCGGAUCGGAUCCUGAUGCGAUUUCGGAACUCGUGAACGACCCGAAUGAUGUUUCACUUUUCCUCCACACCUCCGGCACCACCAGCCGCCCCAAGGGCGUUCCCCUUACUCAAUUUAACCUAGCUUCUUCCGUGAACAAUAUUAGAUCGGUUUACAAGCUCACUGAGUCGGACUCGACUGUAAUCGUUUUGCCUCUGUUUCAUGUUCACGGGUUGAUUGCUGGGCUGUUGAGCUCCAUUGCUUCGGGAGGAUCCGUCACGCUCCCUUCCGCCGGGAGAUUUUCUGCUUCCACUUUCUGGUCAGACAUGAACAAGUCCGAAGCCACAUGGUACACGGCCGUGCCCACCAUACACCAAAUCAUAUUGGAACGUCACCUCACCAAACCCGAACCCGUAUACCCGAAGCUCCGGUUCAUCCGCAGUUGCAGUGCUGCUCUGGCUCCGUCCAUAUUGGCCCGGCUUGAAGAAGCAUUUGCAGCCCCAGUUCUAGAGGCUUAUGCAAUGACGGAGGCGACCCAUUUGAUGGCUUCGAAUCCGUUGCCCGAAGAUGGACCACACGUGCCCGGAUCCGUUGGUAGACCCGUGGGUCAAGAGAUGACAAUACUGGAUGAGAAUGGCCGGGUAAAAGAGGUCGGGGUUACCGGAGAGGUUUGCAUCAGGGGACCAAAUGUGACUAAAGGGUACAAAAAGAACCCGGAAGCCAACGAAUCCGCUUUCAAAUUUGGUUGGUUUCACACUGGAGAUCUGGGUUACAUUGACUCUGAAGGGUAUUUACAUCUGGUUGGCAGGAUCAAAGAGAUGAUCAACCGCGGAGGGGAGAAAAUAUCGCCUAUUGAAGUGGAUGCUGUCCUCAUAUCUCACCCAGAGAUUGCUCAAGCUGUUGCUUUUGGAGUCCCUGAUGAUAAGUAUGGCGAAGAGAUAAACUGUGCAGUUAUCCCGGCUGAAGGGUCAAAAAUUGAUGAAGAGGAGGUGCUGAGAUUCUGCAAGAAGAAUCUUGCAGCCUUCAAGGUUCCAAAGAAGGUAUUCUUGACAGAUUCUCUCCCUAAAACAGCCACGGGGAAAAUACUGAGGAGACUAGUGGCCGAGCACUACCUUGCUAAAUAAGCUGUCUUCUUUGUUCAGUAUGUCCCCAAACAGGUUGGCAUCAUGGCUCACUCUUAUGUACUAUGUUGUUUCUAUGUAUCCUUUUUUUUGUUUCUGCCAAAAUGUUCUGAUUUCAUUUAUGUAGCCAAAUAAGUUUGUAAUGCAGAACAGAAGGAAGUUUUGAUCCUUCCAAUAGUUGCUUAAUCUGUAUGUUCUUCCACUGCUGAAUAAACUCCCUGUAUCUUGCUCCCAUUCAUUA